AUGGAUGACCUCUGUUUUCGUACUAAAGCUGUUGUCCAGAAGGUGCCUCAGGACCUCUCUGAACUCGAGCAUUUGAUUCGGUCUUUGCGUUCCAUUGACGCUGACACAACUCCAAUCACCCGCAAGGAAAGCCAGAUUGCACAGAAUAUUGAUCUCGCGUUGUCCAACUGCCAGCGACUACGUGUUUUAUCAAACAACGAGCCGCCCUCCAAACGAAAGCAAAUUGAGUUGGCUGUGAGCAAUAUACAAUCAGAAUGUCAGCAUCUUCGAACAAAUUUGCAGACUCUUCAACGAAAACGAGCAACGCAGGAGCAAGAACUGAUACACCGUGCUAGUCUUUUCUCUUCUCCGGUGGGUGUGACCACCGCCAACAAUGGUGGUGCUACUGUCCUACAAAUUGACACCGAAGUAAAUGAGUUCUCCCGACUCCAAGCAGUCAGCCGGCGACUCGAUGAAAUGCUCUUCGGUGGUUCUGCCAGUCUCGAAGCCCUGAAGUUUCAAGGAAGCACGCUUAAAAACUCUCAGCGACGCUUGCUCGAUCUAGCGAACACUCUGGGCCUCUCAAACACAGUGAUGCGCCUUAUUCAACGCCGAAGCUACCAGGAUAAAGUGCUAUUCUACGUCCUUGCUGGAGGAGCACUAGUCGCUAUGUACUUUAUAUGGUAUUUCAUCCGUGGUUAA